AUGGCUGAUGAAAGUCGAUUCAAUAAUCAGCAGCAACUUCGGCAAGAGCAGCAGGUACAACAGCAGCUUUUUCUUAGCCCUCAAACAGAGAACCUAGGAGAACUUCAUAGGCUAGUAAAAAAACUUGUUGGGCAGCUAGAAGAGAACAAGAUUCAAAAAGAAAUUAUCGUUAGAAAUGUUGAUUCGUUGUCGUCUCAAUUGCAAAAAGCUGGUGCAUCAGAUGGAGAUAUUGCGAUUUUCAAUGUUUUCUUGAAUGAAAGAAAGAUUGAAAAUAAGUAUUUACCUCAUACACAAGACACCGCUGAUAAUGACGACCUGAUAAGGCUGCGGAGCCAAAACAAUAGUUUGAAGAAGCUUUUGGUAAUGAACACCUCCAAAUUAAACGACACCUUCAGGUUAUUAAAUUACCAUACUGAAGCAUUUAAUGUUGUUGUCAACAAACUACGACAAGAUAUAAUAACAAAUAGAAAUGGCUCGCUAGUAAAGAUAAAAACCAAGUUUAACGAAGAGGUAGCUACAUUAGAAGAUGAAGAAUUCAAAUCAUAUAUCAAUAACAUACAGGAAUUUGACAAAUUGAAGGAUCUUCUUGAAUUAUAUAAACUGCUUUUGAAAAGUUUAGAUUGCCAGUGA